AGGCGCGCGUACAAUAAAGGUUGAAUGUGCCACAACUAUCCUUCAUUCCUCAUCUACUCCAGGCUUGCUCUUUCCUCGCUUCUACAUCUUUUCCACUACUUGCGAUACCCAAAUACAUCCCUCAAGUCCCUGCAUAUCUACCCGCGUUCCCCAUCCCGUCCUUGCAGCAAGCGACCGACCUAGUCAAGAUGGUGGCACCAGCCGUCGUCCUCGGUCUUCGUGGCGUUCAGAUUCUAUUUUCCAUCAUUGUAUUGGGCCUGACUGCCUAUCUUGUCGAUGCGUACACGAAUCCUUGGGGCAGCUGGUCCCCCCACAGCUUAAAUUUCAUGCUCUUCACGUCCAUAUGGACGCUCCUGGCGGCCGCCUAUCUUCUUCUCGCACCAACACGUUUCCCGAAAGCUGCUCAUGCUUAUGCCAUAGCGGGGGUAGAGUUCCUUACUAUGAUAUUCUGGUUCGCUGCUUUUGUGGCUGUAGCCGCUCUAUGGGGCGAUGUCGUCUGGUAUGGCCGGAAGGGUACUUUCUAUGGCUGCGGAGUGGCAGCUAUCGUUUUCGCGGCUUUCACCUGGCUUACCUUCUUGGCUACUACUGUCCUAGCCGCGUUGCACAUUCGUAACACGUCGCGCGGCGGUGCUACCGCCCAUGCUCCUAAUAUGGCUGGCGUCUAAAUCGUCAGCGAUUGAUGCAUUUGGUUCAAAACACGUGUUCUAAUUUGAUACCCCUCUGUUUUUCUUUUACGUUUGGAGAUGUUUUUAUAUCAUUAUGAAACAAAUUGCUGCUUGCUUUUAACGAUUUACAUGAUAUGAGCUCUAAUUCAUGAUUCCCAAAGUUCCGGUUAUGUCAUUGCGUCUUUCACAGAGUUUGCUGAUGUUCGAGUCUGAGUCGGAAAUGAUCAUCUCGCCUUUGUAAUGAGAGCUGGUUUGCACACUUCCUUACUGAUAAUUCACACCCGUGUUUCUUCCCCACAAUCUAUCGCGACAUGCUACACUUUUUCAAUGACCGAUACCAUCCAAAAUCAAAUCGAAGAAAAUACAG